GACGAAGCAGAGUCGCUCCUUUAAGCUGCCGCACCCUUCGACUCGAAGAGAGAGGCGUUUGUCGCCUGGUCAAGUCAACUUGCACUUUCAAAAAACACGCAGCAGCAGCACACGGUUCAGGAAGACCCCACCAACAUGCAACCGUGGGCUACACCUGAGACCACGAUCGUGCUCACGGAUUUACUGCACUCACAGCCACAACAACUGAGAAACGGCGUUUACGUAAAACCAGAGCCGAGGUAUGUGAGUUCUCGAUCCGGGUUUGUGGAGUUGCCACCGUUGCUCCCACCCCGAACACCGACGUUACCAGCCAUCACGGAUGUGCUUCGGACAACCAGUCCAGAGCAGCAGAGAUACCAGUACGAGAACCAGGUAAACACCGCGACCACAAAACUCCCUCGAUCAGCCUCAACCGCAAGAACCAGCUACGGACUACCUGCUACUCAAUACUCCGCUAAUACCUUGACGUAUCCCGCUAAGUUUAUCUAUCGACCGAAAAACACGGACUACAACACGCGAAAUAGCCCCAUGCUUCCCUAUCUGCCAACGACUUCAAUCCAAUCUGCAAACACCAGUGGGGGAAUGACCCCACCAGGACUUGUGAGUACCAGGACGCACCCUAUCGGCACGCCGAGCCCUCGAGUAGCAGCUCGACCGGCAAACCGAACGUGCAGAUUUACUGGUUGCAGCCACUACGUGGUGGAUCAUGGACUCUGCGUCCGACACGGGGGUGGAAAGCGCUGUACAGCUGAAGGCUGCUCUAGUCGAGCCAAACACUUUGGUCGUUGCUGGAAACACGGUGGCUCGUUAGAGUGUAAAGCUCAUGGUUGUUCCAACCGAGCCAAGUCUCGUGGCUACUGCUGGUCUCAUGGCGGGGGUACCAAAUGUAAAGUAGCCUGCGAUAAAAUCGCCAUCUCCAACGGCUUGUGCUGGGCUCACGGUGGAGGCAAACGCUGCAUCGUUCCAGGGUGCCGAAAGCAGGCGUACGAGCGGACGUGCAACUACUGCAACAGUCACUUCCAGCAGUACCAGCAGGCAGCAUUGGAGCUAGCAAAGAAACAGCCACCGCUCAAGUGAACCAUUUGAGUUACUUGUAGUAUUUAUUCAGCAUGCUGCAUCACAUGUUACGACUUCCGCGUGGAUGACUCUUUCAUCGUGGCGUUGAAGGGAUCGACACGAAAGAGCAAAUCAUGCGAUUUAUGAUAACAGUCGUCAAUUUACCGAAAAGGUGGGGCAAGUAGUAAAGGAGAGUGGUGUUUGGAAAGACGUACGAGCUUAAGUAUCUGUAGUUGACUACUGUAUUGGUUUGAUGAAGACGC